AUGGUCCUUACGCACACGACCAACCACACCUACUCCCACCCCUUCCCGACGGUGACGCUGGCCUUCUUUCUCCGAUACUGCUCUCCGCAGCUCAACCCGUUUGCCCAGCAUGUCCUCAGUACCGACACCAUCUCUAGCCAGGUCGACCCGGAGACCGGCCGGCUUCACACCACCCGCAUCCACUUGAAAAAGUCGCGCCUGCCCAAGGCCGUCCUCAGGCUGCUCCCCACAAGCAUCACUGGUGGCAUGGCUGACAAGGCAUCGUACAUUCUGGAGACGAGUGUGGUGGACAUGCGGCAGGGCUGGAUGCGUACCGAAAGCCGGAACCUCAACUUUACCGGUGUUCUGUCUGUGGUGGAGAAGCAGCUGUAUGUCAGUGCGCCACCUGAGCAAUUGUCGCUGUCACCUGCUCCUCCCCUGUCGCAGGACCAGCAGCUCCUCGCCGCCAACUCAACCACUGGCGUCGAGACCACUGUCGUCUUCAAGUCGCGGCUCGGCGAGCGCAUCCGCGAGCGGAUCGAGCAGGGCCAACAACGGUACCAGCAGCAGAUUGAAGGCUUCAAGCAGAAGCGCCAGCAGAGCGAGGCGGAGCAGACGGGUUGGUUCAGUUCCGGGUGGAUCAGCGGCCUCGGCACCAAGGGCAUACAGCGCAGCAUCGAGACGAUUGCCUCGACGAAGACGCAGGACCAGCUGGGCAAGAGCCGUGAGGGCAUGAGCAUUAUCCUGGAGCGCCUGCGGCAGACCGGCAUCAUUGGUGUGCUUGAGCUGCGGCGCCGGGCCAUGGAGGGCAAGCUAGAUGCCAUUGAGGUUGCUUGA